CCCUGUGCACACCAGGGCAGGAGAGAGGAAGCCAUGACCCCCACCCUCACAGCCCUGCUCCUCCUCGGGCUGAGUGUGGGCCCCAGGACCCGAGUGCAGGCAGGGACCCUUCCCAAACCCACCAUCUGGGCUGAGCCAGGCCCUGUGGUCCCCUGGGGGACACCUGUGACCAUCUGGUGUCAGGGGACCAUAGAGGCUCAGCAGUUCUCUCUGGAUAAAGAGGGACAAUCAGUGACCUGGGACAGACAGAAGCCACUGGAGCCUGGGGACAAGGCCAAGUUCUCCAUCACACAAAUGACAGAUGUGUAUGCAGGACGGAAUCGCUGUCACUAUCUAAGUCCCUCUGGCUCGUCAGAGAGCAGUGACCCCCUGGAGCUGGUGGUGACAGGAUCCUAUGGCAAACCCAGUCUCUCAGCCCUGCCCAGCCCCAUCGUGACCUCAGGAGUGAAUGUGACCCUCCAGUGUGCCUCAUGGGAGAAAUUCGACAGGUUCGUCCUGAUGAAGGAAGGAGAACCCAGGCCCUCCUCGACCCUGGACUCCCAGCGACCCACCCAUGGGCAGUUCCAGGCCCUGUUCCCUGUGGGCCCCGUGACCCCCGGGCUCAGGUGGACGUUCAGAUGCUAUGGCUAUUACAACAACUCCCCCCAGGUGUGGUCACGGCCCAGUGACGCCCUGGACCUCCUGGUAUCAGGUGUGUCCAGGAAGCCCUCCCUCCUGACCACGCAGGGCCCUGUGGUGUCCCCUGGACAGAGCCUGACCCUCCAGUGUCGCUCGGAUGUCGGCUAUGACAGGUUCGCUCUGCACAAGGAGGGCUCACGUGACACCCCCCAGCCCCAAGGCCGGCAGCCCCAGGCUGGGCUCUCUGGGGCCGACUUCCCGCUGGGCCCAGUGAGCAGAUCCCACGGGGGCCGGUACACCUGCUAUGGUGGACACAACCUCUCCUCCGAGUGGUCGGCCCCCAGUGACCCCCUGGACAUCCUGGUCACAGGGAUGGACAGCCCCUCCCCCGCCUUCCUCUCUCUAGGACAGCUGUCCUCCUUGCCCUCCCUCUCGGUGCAGCCGGGACCCACGGUGGCCUCAGGACAGAACGUGACCCUGCUGUGUCAGUCCAGGCGCCGUGUGGACACUUUCCUUCUGUCCAAGGAGGGGGCAGCCGACCCCCCCCUGCGUCGUAGAUCAGAGUACCCAGCUGAGAAGUACCAGGCCGAAUUCUCCAUGAGUCCUGUGACCUCAGCCCAGGGGGGGACCUACAGGUGCUACGGCUCAUAUAGCGCCUUCCCCUACCUGCUGUCACACCCCAGUGAGCCCCUGGAGCUGCUGGUCUCAGGGCCCUCGGGAGACCCCGGCCCCUCCCCCACAGGUCCCGGCUCAGCAGCUGGCCUCACCUGGUACCUGUACGUCCUCAUCGGGGCCGCGGGGGCCUUGGCGCUGCUGCUCUGCCUCCUGGUCGUCCUCGUCCGUCGCCGGCGUCGGGGCGCAGGCAGGAAGCCGGGUGAGAAGGGACGGGGUGACCAGCCCCAGGGGGUGGGGACCCUCCCGCGGGUGAGGGCGGCGCAGGGCAGAGGGGCACCAGCCGCGGGAAGGGCCGGCGUAGGAAGACGGUCUGCAGAGUCUCCCGUCAGAGCGUCUAGAGAGAAGACCCCUAAGGCCGCCCCGGGCGCCAGUGUAAGGUGUUUCCCCGCUUCCGCGUCGGGAGAUGGGGAAGCGCAGGCGGUGAGUCCUAGGGGCCCCUCUCCCCCGGGAUCAGCUAGGAAGGGGUCGGGCCUGGGGUGGGGUCCUAACUUCCCAGCCCAGGGCGAGGCUGAUUCCCAACUUCCUGCAGGGGCCGCAGACCCGGAGCCCAAGGACAGAGGCCUGCAGGACAGCUCCAGGCCAGCUGCUGCCGCCCAGGAGGAGACCCUCUAUGCUGCCGUGCAAGACACACAGCCUGAGGAGGGUGUGGAGCUGGACCAGCGGAACACACAGGAUGCAGACCCCCAAGGAAUGAUGUAUGCCCAGGUGAGCCACUCAAGAUCAAGACUCAGUUGGGGACUGGUCAGUUCUCCUUCCCCCCUGUCGGGGGUAUUGCCAGACACAGAAGACAGACAAGGAGAGCAGGACAGGCAGAUGGACAGUCAGGCCACUGCAUCUGAUGCCCCCCCAGAUGUGACCUACGCUCAGCUGAACCGCUUGACCCUCAGACGGGAGACGAGUGCACCUCAUUCCUCCCAACUCGGGGAGCCCCCAGAAGAGCCCAGUGUGUAUGCUGCUCUGGCCAUCCACUAGCUCAGGAAGGACCCGCACGCCACACUCCAGGGAGGGGACC